AUGACGAUGCUCUGUGGUGCGACGAGAAUAUCGACUCGUAGGAGUUCUUCGAAUCGCAGAACGAGCCUGAGUGGUGGUGGUGUCGCGACGACAUCGUCGUCUUCUUCUUCUUCUUCUUCUUCUUCCUCCUUUUUUAGUAGCAGUCAAAAUCGUCGUGCUCUAUAUAUUCGCAAAAAUAAUACGUGUCUGAAUUUGAAACCGAAAAGAACGAAGACGGCUUCGUUCUUCAACAAGUUGCCGUGGUUAGAAGAUUUCGAAGACGACGAAGACGUCAAAAGAGGAACACAAAAAGAAGGAAACAGAACGCAGUCGGACUGGCUGGACGCUUCGCAAGAACUCGAUCUCUUCAACACGAAGAGCAGCAGGAGUACCAUGUCGACGAUGGAGGAAGACAAAGAGAGAAGACAAAGAAGACAAAGAAGACAAGUGAAAGAAGCAAAAAUGAAAACAAAUUCGUCCUUCUUCACCACCGCGGAGGAACAAGAACGGAUUGAUUUUUUAUCCAUCACGUCGGAGGAGUUCAGAAAGGCGCGAGCGUUCGUGGAACCAGAAGUGAAGAGCGGGUUCGCGAAGAAUAUCUUUGAAAGCGCGACGGAGAUGAAAGAGAUGAUGGAAGAGGAUGAUGGAGGAGAAGACGAAGAAGCGCGAAACGUCAGAGCCGCGAACGAGGACGACGAACGAAGGAGAAGACGAAGAAGACGAGAGGAGGAAGAGAAACUCUCAUCAUCGAGUAAGAGCAUUCCGUUCGUGAUAAAGCAAGUCGUGAGAGCGUUUUCGUACGUUACGAAUGCGAUAGUGAACGCGUUAGAGUCCGUGGUACCGUAUCAAGUACCUUUGACGGCAAUUCGAUGGAGCGUUUACGGCGUGUGGGCGCUGUUGGCGGUGUCCUCGGCGCAGAGAUUUUUAGUUUUGUUAGCGUGUACUGGAGGAAUGCUUUUACUUUUCGGUGCCUUGAAUGCAGGUCUGAAUGGUGUCGUGGGAGAUGAUUUCAAUGAAGACAGAUAUGGAAGUAGCGAUAGAAGCUCUAGAAGAAGAAGAAGAAGAAGAAAAUCGUCGUCGGCAAACACGAAAGGAAGAGACUUUGACGCGAAUAGAAAAGCGUACACGAGAGGCUCGCAAUAUCGCACGCGAUCCAACCCGAGAUGGGGAAAAGGAGAGAACAGAAAAGCGCCGUCCACUAUGAACGACGAGUUGAUGGAUUUAGAAAUUCCUUUCACAGAUUUCGUGAGCGAAAACUUGAAUCGAGCGGCGCAGUUUGGCGGCGACGCUUUGCGAGAUUUGGGAUUAUCGUUUGAUGAAGACGAAGAAAAUUAUUCUCGAGCGCGAAAGCCGACGAGAAAAGCAACAAUAAAAACAAACAGUAGUCUCAAAAUAGAGAACGAUAACGAUGGUGACGAAGGGUUCAUCGACGUGACGCUCGAGAAACAGACGCAAGAUUCGUCGAGCUUUACCGUCGGAUACCGGGAAUGGCUCGAGGAAAGCGGUACGAAGAACGUGAGCAGUAGUACCAAAGAUAUCCGCGCUUCUUCUACUCCAAUAAUAAGUAACACCGAAAAAGAUGAUGAAACUCUAUCUGGCGAUGGCAUCAAAAACGAUGAGUUUGUAUUCAAACGCGAAGAAGAAAAAGAGGAAGAAAAGAAGGACGAAAUGAAGGCGACAAGUGCGGCCUACGAAGCCGACACUAUAAGUUACGACGACGAGGAAGACUACGACGACGAUGAAAUAUUCUUCGACUAUGCCGAGUACGACGAGGAAGAAAGAAAUUACGACGAGAACAGUAGAUUCAAUACUGCGUUCAUAGAAGAAGAAGACGAUUUCAUCGAACCCGUCGUCCGGCGUCUUCGUCAAAGUGCCGGUCAAUCGUUCAAUUGGUUCAACGAGUUUCUCACCGGUCGAUUUUACGGAGCGUUUCAGGAAGACCGCGUGGAGGCGUUUUUGCCGCCUCUCGAAGAAGAAAAGGAUGAAAAGGAUGGCGAGUUUGUUGAACCACCAGAAGAGAACGACGACGACGUCUACAAAGAAGGAGGUCAAAAGGUUGGUCGUGCUACGCGAUAA